AUGUCCUCAAAUUAUCUUGCGACCAAAAACAAUGUGAUAAAGAAUCGCGCCGCCAUAUUCCACGCUCGCACGUACUGGGCAUUGCUGUACGAAACAGACUCUAACACGCCACAAUUGGUGCGCGUCCCCGUCUACCUAGGAAAAACGAGCGCAAAUAGCUUGGACGAUUUGGACACGGAUAUCUGGAUUCGCAAUGGUUCCUGCUUCACUCAAUGCAUCGACUUGGACGAAAAUCGUUUACAUCCACCUCCGCCCACAUAUGCCAGGCACUCCAAUAGGGCAAUCAAACAUAUUUCCGGUAAUACAAUCGACAAAUGGCACAGUAACGUCUUAGUAGUAUGUCACGGCAAACGAAGCGCCGUGGCAGGUGUUCAAAUGAAGCAUGUCUCUUACAUUAACAAACGCAUCAUUCGUGGAUUGUCAUUCGUAAUGCGCGAAAACACAAGAACUUCUCGUCUCGAGAAUGUGAAACCGUGUCAAAUCAUGUUCGUAUUGUUUUACCCUUUUUCAAUCUCCGACCGCGAAAUAAAUAGUGAUUCUCAGGUUUCUGGCGUCGCAGCUCCCCACUUCGUUUCCUAUCAAGAAAAUUUUACAAUGGCAUUCAGUGGCCCUGCCGUACGCAACCGUUUGAUCCAUACCGCACAGUAUUGCGCGAGUCCAAACUGGAAUUCCAGAGUAGGAUGGGCCAACUCAAGAUCUGGUCAAAUUUUAGUCGAUGCCAAAAGUGGAGAUGAAAUGUUCUGCAUCGUAGUGGGCACGGUCUCUGAAACACGAUUCAAGAUGGGGCCUGUUGGAAACUACAACCCCGAAUUCAACAAGCUCAAGGACGCCAAAUACACUUUCGGUUUGGAUGAACCAACGAAUCCCGAUUUCAGACCCGACUGGGCCACCACUGUCAAAGCCUUAGAGGACGCCGAGAAUAUGAUACAGGGGACCAAGGAUCAUCGACACUUCAUCGAGAAAGUCGGCAAUCUCAGGUCGCUGCGAUUGAGCGCUCGCGUUCUCCAAGAAAAGGAUCCCGGAGUAUCAGAUGAAAUUAAACUAUCACAUUGGCCUGCGCCGCCGGAGUAUCGUGACGCUCUAGUCGACUUGGAAGACACGCACACCGUUGCGCCACUCAUGGCUUACAACGAAAAAGAGUCUCAAAUUUUGCCUGAAGAAUUGCCAUCCAUUCUCAAAGGAACUCUUGUCGAAGUAACCUUCACCCUCCGCCAUUAUCGUAUCAAGAACGCUACGCAAGACAACGAUACAUACACUGGAACAAUCGAACAGAUCAUCAUCUUAGAACGCGCACCUCCCAAGAAGAUCAGUCCUUACCGUAAAGGAGGUGGACCAAUUCGCGCUCGACCUUCGAAUGUUCCCUCUCGGGAAGAACAGGCGGCCGCAGUUCGCGCGUUCUCAUGGUCAAGACCUACCCUUCGCGAUCCGCCUCCAGCCACGCAAACCGCUGGUUCCUCAGUCGACGUUCCUGCAAAAGGCAAUCUAAUAGCAAACAUUGCCUCCCCAUCUUUUCAUAACGUCCAGGAACCUGAAGCUGAAGCUUCCUACAUUCCAGUUGCGGUCACAGACGAUCACAUUACAUCUUCUAUUAUCACCAUUUCUCCAACUCCAGCUCUCGGUCAGACAACCUCACUUUCACCAACUACUUUCCCCGCUGUGCCACCUUCGGCUGCGGUGGCUGGACCCUCGAUGACGUCAAGUGUGGCCCAUCCUGAGACCCACAAUACAUCGUCACCGACAAACAACCCUGUACCACCUUCAGGUACCCCAGAGACUCAAAACAUACGGACCCGCCAAACACUCAUCAUUCCUUCCUUAAAAGCUUUAGGGAAGCGAAAAGCGGAUGAAACCAUUGACGAUGAAAGGCCAACAAAGAAAUCCUCUAAGUAA